AGCCGACGCGCACGUCCUCGCGUCCGCGGAUCCAUCGCGCGCGACCUCGUGACGUGAUCCCCGCGCGGUGAUCGCGAGAUGGGCGCGAACCAGAGCGGCCUCGGCGGUCCGGGCGGCCCCGGGGAUGGGAAGAAGGAGAAGAAAGAGAAGAAGAAGUGGGUGCCCCCCGCGCCUCCGAUGCGCGUCGGGAAGAAGCUCAAGAAGAAAGGGAUCGACGGCGCGAACCGUCUCCCGAACGUCUUCCCCGCGUCGAAGUGCUUGCUGAGGAAGCUCAAGCUCGAGCGCGUGAAGGAUUGGCUUCUCAUGGAGGAAGAGUUCGUCGCCAACCAGGAGCGCGUGAAGCCGCACGAGGAGCGCGCGGAGGAGGAGCGAUCGAAAGUGGAAGAGCUCCGCGGGUCGCCGAUGAACGUCGGGACUCUCGAGGAGAUCAUCGACGACAACCACGCGAUCGUGUCCUCCUCCGUGGGCCCCGAGUACUACGUCAACAUCAUGUCGUUCGUGGACAAGUCCCAGCUCGAACCCGGGUGCGCGGUGCUGCUCCACAACAAGUCGUUGUCCGUCGUCGGCACGCUCGCGGACGACGUGGACCCGAUGGUGUCGGUGAUGAAGGUGGACAAGGCUCCGUUGGAGUCGUACGCGGACGUCGGCGGGUUGGAGGAUCAGAUCCAGGAGAUCAAGGAGGCGGUGGAGCUGCCGCUGACGCACCCGGAGCUGUACGAAGACAUCGGGAUCAAGCCGCCGAAGGGGGUCAUCUUAUACGGCGAGCCCGGCACGGGAAAGACGCUCCUCGCAAAGGCGGUUGCGAACAGCACGUCGGCGAGCUUCCUCCGCGUCGUCGGGUCUGAGCUCAUCCAGAAAUACCUCGGCGACGGUCCGAAGCUCGUGCGCGAGCUCUUCAGGGUCGCGGAGGACAUGAGCCCCUCGAUCGUGUUCAUCGACGAGAUCGACGCGAUCGGGACGAAGCGGUACGACAGCAACAGCGGCGGGGAGAAGGAGAUUCAGCGCACGAUGAUCGAGCUCCUGACGCAGAUGGACGGGUUCGAGGCGAGAGGCGAGGUGAAGGUCAUCAUGGCGACGAACAGGAUCGAGACGCUGGACCCGGCGUUGCUUCGACCCGGACGCAUCGACCGAAAGAUCGAGUUCCCGCUGCCGGAUAUCAAGACGAAGCGGCACAUCUUCGGCAUUCACACCGGAAGGAUGAACCUCGCGGAGGACGUCAAGCUCGAGGAGUUUGUGAUGGCGAAGGACGAGCUCUCGGGCGCGGAUAUCAAAGCGUUGUGCACCGAGGCGGGGUUGCUCGCGCUGAGAGAGCGGCGGAUGCAGGUGACGCACUCGGACUUCAGCAAGGCGAAGGAGAAGGUGCUGUACAAGAAGAAGGAGGGCGUCCCGGAGGGGAUGUUCAUGUGACGGACGCGGCGCGGCGGGGGCGUCGGGAGGGGCGGGCGCCGUCUUUCGUUGAUGAGACUCGUCCGAGCGGGAGCGUCAAUUUUUUCCUCCUCGUAGAAUAUUGUUGAAACGACGCGGCGAACGCGCGAUCGAUGCUUCGCGUUCGUUGUACACGUACC